AUGCCUCGCUGGACCUUCGAAGUUACCCCGGACACCCUUUCCAAAGAUGAAAAAGACAGAUUGGCUGAAGCCAUCACCAACAACUACGUCAAACUCGGCAUCCCCGCAUUCCUAGUGAACGUCUUCUUCCAUGAAAACAGAAUUGGUACCUUUUACAGCGGGGGCAAAACACCACCAAACACGGUCUUCUUCGUCCUGGACCACGCAGCUCGAGCAUUUGCCAGCGACGUGAAUUCUAUUGUGGAACCCAUUCUGGGACCUAAGGGUGUCAAGUGGGAAUACAACAUCUAUGAACAUCCCGCUGACAAUUGGCGUGUGAAUGGUAUGAUUCCGCCGGUGAAGCAAGAGAAGCUUUGGAAACAGUGGAUGGAUCGAAAUGAGGCCGUUGAAUAUGGAGAGUAUCUGUAA